AUGAGUGUCAAUGUUGGUUGCGUCCCCAAAAAGGUGAUGUGGAACACGGCGGUGCACGCAGAGUUCAUCCACGAUCACGCCGAUUACGGCUUCGAAGUGGCUGGCAGCAGAUUUAACUGGAGAACUAUUAAAGAUAAACGUGAUGCUUAUGUGAGACGCCUGAAUGAGAUCUAUGAAAAUAAUGUCAGCAGGGCGCGCAUUGACAUCAUUCGUGGCUAUGGAAAGUUUACAGCUGAUCCAGAGCCUACAGUUGAAGUCAAUGGUAAAAGGUACACGGCUCCUCACAUCCUUAUCGCUACCGGCGGGCAGCCUUCAGUCCCUCUUGAAAGCGAAAUUCCCGGUGCCCAUCUGGGUAUCACCAGCGAUGGCUUCUUUGAUCUGGAGGAGCUGCCCAGGCGCAGUGUUGUUGUUGGUGCUGGCUACAUUGCAGUAGAAAUGGCAGGGAUCCUUUCCACCUUGGGCUCCGAGUCCUCCUUGCUGAUACGUCACGACAAGGUGCUGAGGACGUUUGACUCGCUGAUCAGUUCGAACUGCACCCAGGAGCUGGAGAACACCGGAGUGAACGUGUGGAAGCACGCGUUGGUGAAGACAGUUGCAAAGUCCCCAGGUGGGCUGCUGGAUGUGACUGUGACAUCCUCAGCGCCAGGCCACAAGCCAACGGUUGGAGUGAUACGGGAUGUGGACUGCCUUCUGUGGGCCGUUGGGAGAGUCCCAAACACGGAGGGGCUUGGCCUGCACCAGGUGGGUGUCGAAGUGGACGCGAAAGGUCACAUUGUGGUCGACGAGUUCCAGAACACCACAAGGAAAGGGAUUUAUGCCAUCGGGGAUGUCUGUGGAAAAGCACUCCUCACGCCAGUUGCAAUAGCAGCCGGCAGAAAGCUCAUGCACAGGCUCUUCGGAGGUCAGGCAGACUCCAAGCUGGACUACUCUAACAUUCCCACUGUGGUCUUCAGUCACCCGCCCAUUGGGACCGUGGGCCUCACCGAAGAUGAAGCCAUUUCUGUGCAUGGGAGAGAGAACGUGAAGAUCUACAGCACUUCAUUUACCCCCAUGUAUCAUGCAGUCACGGAAAGAAAGAGCAAGUGUGUCAUGAAACUGGUUUGUGCUGGCAAGGAGGAGAAGGUGGUGGGAUUACACAUGCAAGGCCUGGGCUGCGAUGAAAUGCUGCAGGGCUUUGCUGUGGCCAUCAAAAUGGGAGCUACCAAGGCUAAUUUUGACAGCACGGUUGCCAUUCACCCCACCUCUGCAGAAGAGCUGGUGACGCUGCGCUGAAAUGGUGGCCCCGAGGAGCCUGAGACGUCAGCUGAAGCACAGGAGGCAGCUGCCUUCUCUGGGCAGUGCAUCUUUCUGCACCCAAU